UCUAAACAAAGUAAACCUUUCAGUGUGCAACAAAAAAAGCAAAAACCUUCUUGUCUCCUGGCAUUCCUAUACAAAAUUUUAUGACUCUAUUAUGAUGACUAUAUUUACAGGACCCGUCUUUCUGUGAAGUUGCUUCAAUAAAACCUUCAAUGGCAAGUUAAUUAUAUUAUUUAGGUACCUAAUAAACAAUUUAGAUCAGGUAAAAUUCUGUAUUAAUAUUCAGUCUGCAAUAAGCAAGAACAGCGUUUGCUACGUCGCGCGUCGUAUACAAAGUUGUAAAUGUAACAAAAAAAUCGCAUAAAAUUAAAAUGAACUAUCAAUGUUUUUUAUCGAAAGUGUACGUACUGUUUUUGUUAUUAUUAAAUAUCGACGCUUCUGAAUAUGGCGAUUCUAACACAGAAUACUGUUUGUGCGUACCAUUCUGGCAGUGCAAGGCAGACUUCAGCGGUUUGGAUGACAAUGGCUUGGCAGUGGACGUGAGGCAUAUGAGGGAAAAAACGCUAAACAACCCCAGUACCACAUCCUGCACCGGCGAUUACGACGUGUGUUGUGAAGCAAAAUGCGGCAAGAAAGGCAACACAGUAGCAUCCUCAGAGAACAAGGAAACAGUACAGGAACGGAUCCUAGGCGAAGCGGUCACCACAGAAUUUGCCGAGUUCCCCUGGAUGUUAGGCAUCUUAAAAGGACUCUUCUACAGAUGUGGGGCGUCUUUAAUCCAUCCCAAAGUGGCCCUAACAGCUGCCCACUGUGUUCUAGCACCCGCCGAAUACACCGUGAGAGCUGGUGAAUGGUACUGGGAACGUGAAAAUGAACCGCUACCCCAUCAAGACCGAACAGCAGAAGAAAUUUUUAUACACCCCGACUACCAUCCUCCAUCUUUACAACACGACAUCGCUCUUAUUCUCCUAGACGCACCCUUCAAGCUUAUGAGGAAUGUAGGCAUAAUAUGCCUGCCACCAAAGACUCCUAAAGUUAUCCUAUCGCAGUGCAUAGUGACCGGUUGGGGUAAAAACUCUAUUCAAAAAGGUUCAUACCAGCCUGUUUUGAAAAAAGCUACUAUACCUAUGGUGUCGAGAAGCAGGUGCGCGGAGGCGUUGAGGGGUACAAGAUUGGGGCCUGGUUUCACUCUACACGACAGCUUUAUUUGUGCAGGGGGGCUCCUUUAUGAUGCAUGUAAAGGAGAUGGAGGGGGACCUUUAAUAUGCCCAGUGGAAGGAAACGAAGAACGAUACCAACAAAUAGGAAUUGUGUCUUGGGGAAUAAGAUGCGGCAUGUCGAAAGCUCCGGGAGUGUAUGUAAAUAUAUUGAUGUUUUUGGACUGGAUAGAUACGAAAAUGAGGGAACUAAAACUACAUACUGACAUUUAUAAAAACUAGCAUUUCAUUAAUACAAUA